AUGACACAAGUGCACAUUCUUAUCAAUUGUAGACGCUAGCAAAUGGUUGUCUAGUUAUUAGUGAAAUGUUAAUUAUGUUGUCUUUUGUUUUUUAAUACUUUAACGUGAGUGAAAUCAAGCAUAGAAUUAAUUUGAAUAGUGAAUAAAAAACGCAAAAGUUUUUUGAAUAAAUUAGUGCAUAAAAAGUUUAUUUGUACAGAUUUUAAGAAAAAUGUCCCAUCGAGGCCGGGGAGGCUAUAGUGGGUCAUCUUAUCGUGGUAGCAGUAGUAGAGGAACAUGGUCAGAUUCCAGAAGCAGCCGUGGUGGACAUAGUACAUCUCGUGGCUCAAGCAGCUACACAUCUAGAGGUGCUAGUUUUUCAUCCACACGAGGUUCUGACAGAAGUGUGGGUGGCCGUUACUGGAGUGGUAGUAGUGGACCUAGUGGCAGCUCAUCUACUUUUGAAUCACGUUCCAGAUAUGCUAGCUCACCACAUGAAUCUUCAAGAUAUUCUGGCUCUAGUAGAUCCCAUGCUGAUGACUCGUUUAAACGUCCUUACAGAGCAGAUUCAUCAUACGGAAGUCGUGAUAUUGGACACCGAUCUCCAGAGAGGAAGCGAAUUAGAUCAGAAGUGCAAGGAGAUCGUUCACCUCGAGCAAUAAGUUCAAGACGUAGUCAUGAGGGAGGAAGCUAUGCUGAAUACAGUACAAAUGGUAGUAGCAGUCAUCGAUAUGAACCAAGUGGUGGGGAUCGUAGCAGUGCUACAGCAAGUCGAUAUUCAGGUGAACGACGUCAAUUUUCGUCUUCGGAAAGACGUCCAUCAUCGAGUGGUGGAUUUCGACCUCCAGCACCACCACGUGAUGAGUAUCGCAAGCCGUCAGGACCACCACCAAGUCCACGUGGUUCAUACCGCGGUAGACUGAGUUCUCGUGGUCUGACACGCAGAGAAACCGCUUUUGGUCGUCGUCGUGUUAUUGAGUCAUCAUCAUUCCUGACACGACCCAGAGUAACUGUUAGAUCCAGUGAAUAUAUACGAAAACUAAAACUUGCUAAACUACGGAGUGCCGCUUCUCGUCGCAUAAUUAGCUCAAGAAAAUUUCGUAGCCGUGCAACAGUACGACGUCGAAGUAGUGAAAAAAAAGAAAAUUGGGAUGAUGAUGAAAAAGAUGCAGAUAAGGCUGCUGAUAAGAAGAAAUCUGAUGAGAAAUCACAAUCUGAUAAUGAAAAAUCAUCAAAGAAAAGUCCCAAAGUGAAUGGUGCAUCACCGUCCGGUAAAGAUGACCCUGAUAAAGAAAAGGAUGACGAGAGUAGCGAUAACGAACCAAGAAGUCGUUAUACUGGACGUCGUUUUAUACGAUUAACUUGUGUGCACUGUAAUGAGAAAUGUGUUACAUUCUCUGAGUACAGUGCACAUUUAAUACGUAGCAGACAUUUAGCAGCGAUGCGUCGUGUUGCUAUUUUACAGAAAUCUGUAUUAUCGCGCAUGCGUGUACAACAGCGUAGUAAACAACGUGAAUUGGAUAAAGAUGAUGAAAAUUCAUCAUCACGUAAAAAUUUUUGUUUGUUAUGCAAAUUAAAUUAUAAACAAAUGAAAUCAGUGCAUCAAAGCUCUGAAGCCCAUAAGGAAAUGAAAAAAUUUUUAAUGCCAUUUUGUAAAACUUGUAGAAUUACAUUCCGUAGUCCAAUGUUAUAUGAGAAUCAUUUAUGUAGCUUGGAACAUAUAAAACGUAAAGCUCAAGUUGACAGCGACGAUAAAUCACGUGCUGAUGGUGGGGGUAGCGGUAACGAAGGUGAAUUAAAUUUGGAUAAUUUCUUAACAUUGGAUUCAGUUGGAAAUGUUGAUGAUGAAGAAGGGAAUGAAUCUGAUAAGAAAUCUAAGGACGAUAAAGACGAAGAAAAUGAAACUGAAGAAAAGAAGCCGAAAAAAGAACCACCAGUUAAUGUUGGGCAAGAACAUAUUCGGAAAAUUGAGGUUUUAUAUUGUGAUUUAUGCCGAACUUACAUUACAAGUGCACCUCAUGCUACGUCUGAAGAAAAACGUGCUUCAGCUGUCAAACAACAUUGUCGUACGCGGCCACAUUUAAAACGUUAUGUACGAAAAACUGAAGAUGCUGCAUUACGUGAAACUGCUGAACGCAUCCAUCGAAGUAACCAAGCGAAAUCUGAAGCUUCACAUAAGGAAAAGGCAAAAGAUGCUAAAGUUAAGAAAGAAAAGGAUAAAGACACGGAAAAGGAGAAGGAUGAUAAUGAAGACGAAAAGGAUACAUCGAAGACAUCUAUAACUGAUGAAGAUACUACAAUUAAAACAAAAGGCGAUAAAACUUUGAACGAUGAUGAAACUGGUGAUGAAAAAAUGUGGGCAGAUGUUGAUAAAGAUUUAGGUGAUUUAUUAGCAGAAGUUGAACCAGGCAGCAAAUCAUCCGAUGAAGAUGAAGAAAAAGGUGGUGGCGAGAGAUACGAUCGAUUUAGGUACAGCGAAAAAGGUAUCAAAGAAAAGCUUGAUUCUACGGUGGAUUCAACGAAAUUAGAUGAGGAUGUAAAAGAAGAAAAAGUUGAAGCUAAAGAAGAUGAUGAUGAAGAUAAAUAAAUUUUAAUAUAUUUCGUGAUAAAAUCAUGAACCAUUUUCUUGCACCGGUGUUGUUUGUGUGAAGUUAUAAAACAUCUAUGUAGAAUUAUAUCGUAUGUAGAAAGUGUUCGACUUGAUCGCCUAUAAUUUUAUUUAUGUCAUUAUUUAAAUAACACUGUGUUACUGUGUCAUCUGACUUCAAGUUUUUUAGUGGAACUGAUAGAUAUUAUGAGACAAGAUAAAAAUAUUUGAGUAUAUAGCCAUAAAAAAGUGUAUGUAUUUCCUGAAUUGUUUUUCUAAGACAUAUUAUAUAGUCAGAAUUGUCAUUUAUUUUCAGUUUUUUUUCUUUUAUAUGCCUUCAUAUUUUA